UUUUGCAUGAAAUAGGCCCACUUUCGUUCCUGUUUUGACAAAUAUUUCUCAAUAUCCUAUUAAAAUGGUCAUGUUGCACAUAAAGCAGUUUCCAAAUGUUUGCCGAAUGUGUGUUCAAUCUAAACCACCCGAAGAGAUGCUCCGAAUCGAUACUAGUACUUUGGAACAUAGCGAAAAGCCACUAAUGCAACACCUGAACGAACUCACAUUCGAGGCUCCACUGGAAAUAUCGGAAGCACUUCCGCAAUCGAUAUGUGCUUCAUGCUAUUCCGUGCUCGACUUUGUCGUUAAGUAUCGCCUGAAAAUGAGAUUGUUACUGGAGUUUCUCAUAGCGGUGGCUAAGCUGAAAAUUGGAAUUGUUAAGCCGAUAACAGAUUUGUUUGCAAACCACGAUUCAAACUUGAUAGAACUCUUCAAUGAGUUGAACCUAACUAAGGAGAAAACAAUAAAGCUGAGUGAUUUUCUUCAUGAGUUCAUUAACGAUAGCGUUGAGACGGAAACGGAUAUGAAGAAUGAGAUUGACAUGCCUUUGCCUGAUUCGAGUGAAAGAAAACAUGACGAUGCGCUAUACUAUAACGUAGAAUACAUUGAAGAAGAGACGGAUUUGGCCAAUCCACAGGAUGCAGAGUCACUGGAGAAGGAAGAAUCGUUCUCCGAGUUUCUAGAAGAUGUCGAGGGAGAUUUUGCAGAGCUAUCAACCAGCGAGGCCGAAGAAGCCUUGCAGCAGGACAAUCCCAGUUCGAAGCUAAAGUCGAAGAUAAGAAUGCUGCAUUGUCAUUACUGCAAAUAUCGUACAACAUCAAAGGAAAUGUUCCAGAACCAUGUAGAUCGGCACGAGCAUCCGGAUGAUGAAAACCCGUGGAAAUGUUCAUUUGCUAAUUGCAAUAACGCCUAUCCGACGAAGGAUGAUCUUCUGAAGCACAAAAAGGAAAUACAUUCCAAAUAUGUCUGCGAUAUAUGUGGGUUAGUGUUGAAACACAAAUAUACCUUAGACAUUCAUUUACGGCGACAUAAUGGAGACAGCAAGUAUCCUUGUGAAUACUGCUCUACGUCGUAUUUCACCUCCAAUGAACUUAAAUUGCAUAUGUCGGUUGUACAUUUGAAUGCAACUGAUUUUCAGUGCAGUGAAUGCGGGCUUGCAUUCAAAAACAAAAAGUCUCUGAUACUUCAUCAGAAAACUCAUUCGGAUCAACGCAGCUUCCUGUGCUUUGAAUGCAACAUGGCCUUCAAAACAUCGGCUCAUCUUCGACGACAUCACAACACCGUUCAUCGGGCUAUAAAGUUUAGCUGUACGCUUUGCCCGAGCAGCUACGGACGGAAGGAUAAGCUAAGAAUGCAUAUCGAAAAGGCACAUAACAUACAAACCUACUUCCCAUGCGACAUCUGCCUGAAAUCCUUCACCACGAACGAAGAUUUACGCGAACACAAAAUGCACCACAAAAACCCAAAGCACCUCGAAUGUGGCACGUGUUUGGUGGCUUUUUUCGACGCCAAAGAAUUCAGCGAACAUCUGUGCAUAACAUAUCGAGACAAUUACAUCUGCUGUAAUCGUGAUUUCAAAUUUCAUUUGCAAUACAACAAACACAUGUUCUUGGUGCAUGGACUGAAAACCAAUGUGCGAGUGAAACCAGCCUCCAAUACGUUGCAAGGGGCAGCGAUGGCUUCACGGAAGCAGAUUGAACGUUGCACACGUUGCGAGCAAACGUUUCUCACGAGGAAGCUGAAGAAAGAGCACAUGGCCGUCUGUUACGUACCGCUACAGGUUGAUGCGAACCCAGCGAUCGGGCCAAUUACGGAGAUGAAUCAGCAUGAUGCUUUGCUAGAAGCCGAGAGCACCAUUCACGUGAUAGGUUCCGAGUUGUACGAAGAUGUGAAACAAGAAUUGCUUCAAAUAGUGUAGAAUUAUUAAAUAUAUGAUAACUUGAUCGAAUAGAACAAGAUACGUUUUAUUUCGC